CGAGGGCAACUCCCGCUACUCCCAUCUCCGCAGAACUGAGGCGGGAGCGAGCGGGUGUCCUAGCUGGGCGCGCUUCCGGGGCUCGACUCGAGACCACUUCCCCGCUUCCCGUCCGCUCUUCCUGCAUCAUUUGUCUUGGCGGGUUCAUUCAGGACAAACCGCCCGACACAGGGGCCUGUGCGCGUGUCGCAGGGGCAGUAUUCGCCCCCGCGUUUGCCUGGAAGGGCGCUGGAGGAGGUGACGUAGCUAGGGACUCGAAGUCCGCCGUAGGAAUGAUCCACGAACUGCUCUUGGCUCUGAGCGGGUACCCAGGGUCCAUUUUCACCUGGAACAAACGGAGUGGCCUCCAGGUGUCCCAGGACUUCCCAUUUCUCCACCCCAGUGAAACCAGCGUCUUGAAUCGACUCUGCCGGCUCGGCACAGACUAUAUUCGUUUCACGGAGUUCAUUGAACAGUACACAGGCCACGUGCAGCAACAGGAUCACCAUCCAUCUCAGCAGGGCCAAGGCGGGUUACAUGGAAUCUACCUGAGGGCCUUCUGCACAGGGUUGGAUUCAGUUUUGCAGCCCUAUCGCCAAGCACUGCUUGAUUUGGAACAAGAGUUCCUGGCUGACCCUCAUCUCUCCAUAUCACAUGUCAAUUACUCCUUAGAUCAGUUCCAGCUCCUUUUUCCCUCUGUGAUGGUUGUAGUAGAACAAAUUAAAAGUCAAAAGAUUCAUGGUUGUCAAAUCCUGGAAACAGUCUACAAACACAGCUGUGGGGGUUUGCCUCCUGUUCGAAGUGCACUAGAAAAAAUCCUGGCCGUUUGUCAUGGGGUCAUGUAUAAACAGCUCUCAGCCUGGAUGCUACAUGGACUCCUUUUGGACCAGCAUGAAGAGUUCUUUAUCAAACAGGGUCCAUCUUCUGGUAAUGUCAGUGCCCAGCCAGAAGAGGAUGAGGAGGAUCUGGGCAUUGGGGGACUGACAGGAAAACAACUGAGAGAACUCCAGGACUUGCGCCUGAUUGAGGAAGAGAACAUGCUGGCACCAUCUCUAAAGCAGUUUUCCCUACGGGUGGAGAUUUUGCCAUCCUACAUUCCAGUGAGGGUUGCUGAAAAAAUCCUAUUUGUUGGAGAAUCUGUCCAGAUGUUUGAGAAUCAAAAUGUGAACCUAACUAGAAAAGGAUCCAUUUUGAAGAAGCAGGAGGACACUUUUGCUGCAGAGCUGCAUCGUCUCAAGCAGCAGCCGCUCUUCAGCUUGGUGGAUUUUGAGCAGGUGGUGGAUCGUAUUCGUAGCACUGUGGCUGAGCAUCUCUGGAAGUUGAUGGUAGAAGAGUCAGAUUUACUGGGUCAGCUAAAGAUCAUUAAAGACUUUUACCUUCUGGGACGUGGAGAACUCUUUCAGGCCUUCAUUGAUACAGCUCAACACAUGUUAAAAACACCACCCACUGCAGUAACUGAGCAUGAUGUGAACGUGGCCUUUCAACAGUCAGCACACAAGGUGUUGCUAGAUGAUGACAACCUCCUCCCUCUGUUGCACCUGACAAUUGAGUAUCAUGGAAAGGAACACAAAGCAGAUGCUACUCAGGCAAGAGAAGGGCCUUCUCGAGAAACUUCUCCCCGGGAAGCCCCUGCAUCUGGCUGGGCAGCCCUAGGUCUUUCCUACAAAGUACAGUGGCCACUACACAUUCUCUUCACCCCAGCUGUCCUGGAAAAGUACAAUGUCGUUUUCAAGUACCUACUGAGUGUGCGCCGGGUGCAAGCCGAGCUGCAGCACUGCUGGGCCCUACAGAUGCAGCGCAAGCACCUCAAGUCCAACCAGACUGAUGCAGUCAAGUGGCGUCUAAGAAAUCAUAUGGCGUUCUUGGUGGAUAAUCUUCAGUACUAUCUCCAGGUAGAUGUACUAGAGUCUCAGUUCUCACAGCUGCUUCAUCAAAUCAAUUCUACCCGAGACUUUGAAAGCAUCCGGUUGGCUCAUGACCACUUCCUGAGCAAUUUGCUGGCUCAGUCCUUUAUCUUGUUGAAACCUGUGUUUCACUGCCUGAAUGAAAUCCUAGAUCUCUGUCACAGUUUUUGCUCGCUGGUCAGUCAGAACCUGGGCCCCCUGGAUGAGCGAGGAGCUGCUCAGCUGAGCAUUCUUGUGAAGGGCUUUAGCCGCCAGUCAUCACUCCUAUUCAAGAUUCUCUCCAGUGUUCGGAAUCAUCAGAUCAACUCAGAUUUGGCUCAACUACUGUUACGACUAGAUUAUAACAAAUACUACACCCAGGCUGGUGGAACUCUGGGCAGUUUCGGGAUGUGAGAAUUUCUGACUCAUAAACUGAAAUAAGUCAAUACCACCACAUUCCCAAGUCCGUAUGAGAAGAUUCAAAACAAAUAUCCCAUUCUCUAGCCACGUGCCAAACGUCUACAGCCUAGUGACAGGGCGCUACCUUUUCUCCUAGAAGCAAUUACUGAAUAUCCAGGGGUAUAAAUCCUUCCUGUCAUUCUCACAUGGAAGGAGUCUGUCUGGAAGGUUCUUAACUCACCCAUCAGGGCGAAUGUGUGGCAGCUAUUCCUAUGCUGACCAUGCAAGGACUCUGAUCCUUUACAUGGAGAACACCUGUUGGAUAUGUUCAUUUAUUCAACAUUUACUGAGCACCUGCUAUGUGCCCAGGUACUGUUCAAGUUGUGUGGGGGGUACAGCAAUAAACAAUAUAGAUCAGAAAGUUAAAUAUUUUGGGUUCAUAUGUGAAAAAGGAAUUAUGUUUAUAAAUAGGCCAGCUGCUAGAUGUUACCACUAACUGAGAAAGGAACAGGUGUAAUAUAGACUUUCCUUCUCUCUACACCAAGUAAUCUAUACCUACACUAAUUAUCUUUCCUCACUCAGAAAUUUAAGAUUUCUGAAGAAUUUUGCCAAUAACUUCUAAUUAUUUAAGUCUGGUAAAAGGGAAAUUCUAACUAAUGAAAAAAUACAUUAAAAUCAUUAAUGUAUAUCUUUCCUCCCCAAAGAAAAAAGGUCCUUAAGAAAAAACUGAGGUCAAAUUAUUAGAUUUUAAAUACUGAAAAUUGCAGGACUAAUUAUCCCAUUUUAGAUAAACCACAGGAGUUAAGGUUCUCCUAAUAUGGCCCAGCCAUCACUGGUAAUCAUUAAUGUUCACAUCAAUGUGAACCAAAAUAAAUAUUCAUUGAAUAGCCCCCUAUAAACUGAAAAAGAUGCAGUGUUCCGGUCUUGGCUUAUAGUGACUGAAUCUGAUCUUUACAUCCUCUACUACACACUACAACACCCUUAUUCCCUGCUAUUGUCAACCAAAGAUGACCCAUUCCCUCUGCUGCCUCUAGAGCAGGCAUUGGCAAACUGGCUUGUUUUUGUCAAUACAGUUAUACUGGAACACAGCCACGCCCAUUCAUUUACCCAUUGUCUUUGGUUGCUUUUUCAUGCUCUCACAGCAAAGGUAAGUAGUUGUGACAAGACCAAAUGGCCCACAAAGUCUAAAAUAUUUACUGUUUGGCUCUUUACAGAAGAAAUUUGUUGACCCCUGCUUUAAAGAAUGAGAGGACAUUAACAGGGAUAAUAUUAUGGGUAGGGAAGGAAUAGCUUCCAGCUAUUGUGACAAUAAAAUAUUGGACCUCUGACUAGA